CGCACCGCAAGACCUCUCCCAACAGCAGUACGCCCCGUCAUUAAAAUUGCCCGUCUCUUCCUCGCGUCGAUAUUCGCCAUCGGAUGAUUAUUUUCAUCAUCAAAGAUCUUCGUCACAACAACAAAUGACACCACAGCAUGAUAUCGUUUUAUAUCCUGACACACCCCAACAUCAUCAUUAUUUACCAAUGUUCCCUUCUUCUCCUUCUCCGACGAGACAGACCGCUUUCCGUCAACAACCCACGAACACUUCCUCUUAUACCUUACCUGUCUUACAAUCCUCUGUUAAUUUUCACCAAUCCUCUCAAGACAAAUAUUUUGAUGCUCAGCAGAGGUCCUCUGGUCCCACACCACCGUUAACCCCUACUGGUCAUAAUCGUACGGUGAAAAGGAGAAGUUCCACUUUGCUCGUGAAAAAAUCGGAUGGUGCCGUGGUUAGUCUGUUAAAUGAUGAGGAUGAUUUUAAUACUGUGGCCUUCACAAGCAUGGACGUGGAUCCUUCUUGGGUUCACAAUCAAGAGGAUUCCUCAGCUGGACGGAAGCAAUCAAUCACGGACGAGAUGCUCGUGCAACGUCAUAAACAACGUGGGUUGAGUAACGCUACUACUAAUUUGGCAACUGGCAAUAAGAGAAAGUACGCUUGUAUUCAUCCAAAUUGUGGUAAGAGUUUUACUACGAGCGGUCAUUUGGCUAGACAUAAUCGAAUACAUACGGGUGAGAAGAACUUCUCAUGUUUGAUGCCAGGAUGUGCGUCAAAAUUUUCAAGACAAGAUAAUAUGAUGCAGCAUUAUCGUACUCAUUUAUCUGCGAAAAGUCGCAGAGGUUCCAAGGUCGGUAAUCCUUUACAUCAUCAACCUAUGCCUUUGAUAUUGCCUCCAACUCCGUUAACUACUCCAACUUCAACAACUGUUAACGGUUAUAACUUUGGUGCCAAUCAUCAAAAUGCUGUUCCGUCUGACAAAAAUCCAACUUUGCCACCUGUACGGUCAAUAAUUUCCGAACAAAUGGUGUUACCUCCAAUUCAUACUUUGGAUCCCCCUUUGACAUCUGCUCAACAACAUUCUAUGUUUCAACAAGAUACUGGAUUAAAUAAUAAUUCUCAUUUCAUGAGGAGUGGUGGAAGUGGUCAACAACGAAAUGAAUUUUCUCCAGCUGUCGAUUUAACCAAUCAUUAUGUUAGCAUAAUGAGUUGA